AUGGAGAACUCACGCCUUGGAAACCUCCCAGCAGAGCUCCGAAACCUCAUCUACGAAUUUACACUCCGCUCCUCAUCAGGUGUCGAAAUCUGGACAGAGCCCGGCAUCUUGCGAACAUGCAAGCAGAUCAGGGCUGAAGCGGAGCAGAUGUUCUAUGCUGUGAACGACUUCUUCGGGAUCGAGCAUGAAGACAACGAAAGUCAUGGACUCUGCUGCCAAUGGCUCAAGACGAAGGCUUCAUAUUUGCCUCUGAUUCGAAGCCUUACGAUCCGCUGCGAAAUGCCCUCCCUAGGCCGCAAAGUGCCACACAUUGAUCCAGCCCAGGACGAGGAGAUUGAUGACGAGGUCGUCUUUCAGGGCUUCUAUCACCAACUGCAUAUCAUGGAUGAGCUUCGCGAAGCUCAGUUUGGGAGGGAUGUUGGAAACGUCGUGCGGUUUACGCUCAAUGGCGCGCAUGAUGCUGAGCACUUUGACAAGAUCGAUGCCAUGUCGACGGAGGACCAGGACCGGUAUCGAAGUGCCAAGUUCCUUAUCUUCUUCUUGGUAUAUGGAUUGGACACGACCAUGGAUAAUGCUGAGGCUAGCACGGCGGACAGGUCGUUGCGUGGCAUGGACGAUGCUAUUCAGCAACGGCGAUUGCUGGCGGGUAGCAUGUCUUUGGUGUGA